AUCCACAAGUUUUGAUGCUUUAGUUGCUAGCCCAGAGUCGACCCAGAAGUUGAGGCAAUUUUUUUGCUCGGCAUCGAUCCAAAAUUCAAUUCACCAUUGAAUUUUGAUACGAUCGACAAACUCAAGGAUUAUACACGAAACACAAUAAACUGUCGGGAUAUAUAUUCUCUGUAUAAAAAAUAUAUAUAAACGUUUUCUGGCUGCCGUCCGUUGCAGUUAAAAGUGCUCAAUAUGAGAAGUGCACUUUUUGUCUUGGCGCUUUGCGCUGUGGCUUUUGCCACCGCAUCGGCUGACACGCAUGUGCGUAAGGCUCGCGCUGUAGAGGGAUACUCCUAUCCUGUACCAGAUGUGCCAUUUGUUUUGCCGCCGCGCACCACUUUGCCACCUGUGACAUAUAGGCCACAGCCACCAGUGACCACUACGCCUCGACCAACUCUACCACCAACCACCAGGCCUCCCAUUCGUACUCCUCCACCUCCAACCUACUUGCCACCCACGAACAAGCCUCAGCCUCCAGUGACUACUCGCCGACCAACUCUACCACCAACCACAAGGCCUCCCAUUCGUACUCCUCCACCUCCAACCUACUUGCCACCCACGAACAAGCCUCAGCCUCCAGUGACUACUCGCCGACCAACUCUACCACCAACCACAAGGACAACAACGACUACUCCUAGGCCAACAACGACUACCCGUAGGCCAACAACGACUACCCGUAGGAUAAUAACCACACCGAUUACCCGUAGGCCCACACCCAGUACUGUAGGACCAACGUAUCUGCCUCCUACAAACAAACCCCAGCCCCCAGUAAUUAUUACCACCCGUAAGCCAACACCUCCGCCAACUCGUGCGAGCACCACUCGUCCACCAAUCACCCGUCCACCAACCACGUACUUGCCUCCAUCGACCACCCGUAAAGUAACACCUCCGCCAACCCGUACGACUCCAAUCAUAAUUACCACCCAGAGGAUAACGACCCCUAGGACCACCAGGACUAUUGUGACAACACCGAAGCCGACCAAGCACGUGGGCUACGAUUAUCCAAAACCAAGCAUUCCCUUUGACUUUUAAGCACCCGUACAGCAGCACAGUUAUAGCCGUCGAUGAAUUCAACGACGCUCGAAAGGCAGAUGGGUGACAUUUCAUUUCAUUUUAAUUGAAAUAUUAUUGUCUGAGGGAGGGGAUGCAAUAACUGAUGCUCUCUAAAUAUAUCUAGCAAUGCAAAUGCCAACCAUAUCUAUAGGGCUAGAUACAUCUAGUCAAUGCAGUCGAAAAGAUUUUUACAGCGUUUCAUGAGGGUGCUCCAAAUUGCGAUACCACUGAAGCGUCAGCAAGAAUUCAACUUGUUUGUUUUUAUGAAUUAAUGAAUCGCAUACUCAUACAAUUAGGGAUCACUGUAUAUGUAUCUAACUUUUUGUAAACUUCUUAAAUAUGUACUAUAAUACGCUCUCUUGCUAUGUUUUAUGUCUCCCGUCUCAAGACUAUUUAGCUCUAUGUUCAAAUAAAAUGAAAACAAACA